AUGGAACUUGAGCAAAGUGCAACCCUUACAUUGGAACAUUAUACAAAGAUCCAUCCCAACAUGACUAAACAGUCUCAUAAUGUGGUUUUGUGUGAAUCAAUAGAAUCAUUCAACAGUUUUCUAAGCACAAUCAAUCCAAAAUAUUUCAAUUUCCAAGGAUAUUAUUUGAUCGUCAUUCCUGGCAGACUUUACGAAUAUAUGUCGGACAUGUUUGCAACUUUAUGGUCUCUGCAUAUUGUGAAUGUCAAUCUUCUUCCGCUUACGCGUGAUGACGACGAUUUCAUUUACACUUAUUAUCCCUUUACGUCAUUAGAUUGCGGAUCAACAUUACCAGUUCAAUUAGAUUAUUAUCGUGACGGUAAAUGGAUGGAGAAAAAUGAGUUGUUUCCCAACAAAAUGAAGGAUUUGUUCAACUGCACUUUGAGUGUUGUAACAUUUGAUAUUCCGCCUUUCAUUAAAAUUGACAAGGAGAAAGAAGAUUCUCCUUCUGGAAUUGAAGUAAUGUUAAUGAAUGUUCUUGCAUUAAAAAUGAACUUCAAUAUCAAAUGGAUUUAUUCCGAAGAAUUGUGGGGAAAAGCACCUGAACAUGAAGAACCAACUGGAAAGUCCAAUUAA